ACAUCGCAAUUGGUAGAUAACGAUUCGACAAACAGAUAAAAUAAAAAAUUCAAUUUUAAAAAUCGAGAGGCAUUUUUUGAAGCCACCACCUAAUCGUCCUACAAUUUCACGCACUCUCCGAGCGGUUGGUUCCGUUCCUCGAAGAAUUCGAUUUUAAUCUCGCCACAAAAACCGGAAAUAAUUCGGUCGGAAAUUUGUGGUAUUUUUCACGGUUCGAUUCGUCCACUACGUGUGCCUGAUUUCCGCUAAAAAAAAAAAAAAAGUGACGAUUCCAGUGGCCCUAAGAUUUUUCCCACAUCGUAUGUGACUCACCGCGCGCUUCUCCUUCUUCUUUUCGUCUUCGUCGUCCACAUCUUCGGCGCGUAACUCUUCGGCGGGCGACUCUUCGUUUGAGUUCCCGUACGCGGUUCUUGCGGUUAUUCUUAACAAUUAUUAUGUGAAGUGCGUAAAAACUGAACAAUCAAUCGAUCGAUCGACAAUCUCAUCCACGAUACAAUUUCCUUCGUUUUUUUCUUCGUCGUUCGAAAAUCUGCACGGAUUUCCGAUCGUCACACGAUUCUUCGUUGGUUGCGGGAAGAAGCCAUCAGACCAAUAGUUCGUCACGAUCAUUGGAACAUUCAUUUUUCGAAAUAAAUCGACGAAUGUGAAAAAUCGUAGUCGCGAUGUGUUAACUACAUGUCCAUACCUCACACACUGGAUAAGAUUACCAUGCUGGAUAUAUCCGCGUGCAACAGGUGCUGGUUAGACGUUCGCGCUCCGGUGGCGAAGAAGAGUCCUGUUUGGCAUCGACAUGCUCGCAAAGUAGCACGCCAAGUUCGAUAUUCUUCCUGCUGAGGCUGUCCUGCCAUGUUGUGCAGGUGAGCCGGUGAGAGGCGCUGACCGGUGGCGAAACGGCCAUGCGCCCCGGUCCGCCAGAACCGAGCUGCCGCAGGCCUACACGUCGCCAGCAUUGGCUGCACCAUAUCCCUGCAGCGCGCAGCUUGCAGGUGCUCCUAUUGCUGAUCCUCGCGGCAAUUUCUUCCCUCGCCGAUACUCCGGUCGCCGCUUUAGCCGGAAAUGAGCAGAGCCCGCUACAGCCAAAGUUCGCCUCAAGAGCUCCCCUCAAUCUCACCGUGGGCUACCUCACCGCUAUCAAGGGUGACCUCAACGACCGCAAGGGGCUGGCCAUCUCCGGCGCCGUUUCCAUCGCCCUCGACGAGAUAAACGAGAAUCCUCACAUUUUGCCGAACGUGAGGCUGGUCAUGCGAUGGAACGACACACGCGGGGACACCGUGGACGCGACGCGGGCUAUGAUAGACAUGAUAUGCGACGGUGUUGUCGCCUUCUUUGGUCCAGAGGGGACUUGUUACGUCGAAGCCAUUGUGGCGCAGUCUCGUAACAUACCGAUGAUCAGCUACAAAUGUUCGGAUUACAAGGCGUCGGCUGUACCGACAUUUGCACGUACGGAACCACCGGACACGCAAGUGACAAAGUCGGUUAUAGCCCUCUUGCUGCACUACAAUUGGGACAAGUUUACUAUAAUAACGGAAAAAUCUUGGUCAACGGUCGCACGAUCUUUGGAAGAUCAGGCUUCGAAGCACAACCUUACGGUUAACCAUUACAGGCGUAUAGAAGACCGGCACAUAUGCUGCGAACAGAGAUUACCUUGCUGUGGGAACGACUGGUUCCAGCUCAUACAGGACACCAAAAAUAUGACUCGCAUUUAUGUUUUCCUCGGGAGUCCACAAUCGCUGGUAGACAUGAUGAAUUCAAUGCAAAGUCAGAGAUUGUUGGACAAUGGAGAAUAUAUGGUAAUACAUGUUGACAUGAUGACAUAUUCUCAACGAGAAGCAGAGAAGUUCUUAUGGAAACCGGAACAUUUUAAAAACUUGCGAAAUUGUUUGGAUCCAAAAGAUUUUCUUCAAAGAGGUAGAUCGUUGUUGGUUGUUGCGGCUACUUCUCCUACUCAGGGUUACGAAGAAUUUACCAAAAAAGUUAGCGAGUAUAAUAAAAAAGAACCAUUCAAAUUCGGGAUUCCAUUGCUCUUCGAAAGGUUCGAAAAGUACGUUUCAAUCCACGCUGCGUAUCUGUACGAUUCGGUAAAAUUAUACGCUCAAGCUUUGGAUCAACUCGUGAGAGACCACCCAGAACUCACCGUCGAAGAAAUCGCUAGUAACGGGACUCAGAUUAUCGAAACCAUCAUAAAGAAUCACACCUACGAAAGUGUGAGCGGAGCAACGAUAAAGUUGGAUGAGAACGGUGAUUCGGAAGGGAAUUUCUCCGUACUCGCACUGCAAAAAUUACCGAUGCAACGCGACAAUUUCACAUGCGAUUACCAAAUGAUACCGGUCGGUCAAUUCCAACAGGGUGAAACUCUAGUGUACAGACCGGUAAAAUCGAUGGAUUGGCCUGGAAAAAAUAAACCGGAAGCGGAACCCGGUUGUGGUUUUCGAAACGAGCACUGCCCCAAAGUUGAUACACAUUCUAGAAGUAUAGUAGCGGCUGGAGUAUUGGCCGCGCUAUUAUUUUGCGCUUCCGUAAUCGCGCUCAGUAUAUAUCGGAGGUGGAAAAUUGAGCAAGAAAUUGAGGGUCUGCUUUGGAAAAUAGAUCCGGCCGAAAUUCACGGAUAUCCUCACCUGGACAACAUGAUGUCGUCCCCGAGCAAAUUAAGUUUAGUUAGUGCCAUAUCAUACGAAUCCAGGUGUGGAGGGCAGGUCUUCGCUCAAACCGGUCACUACCAUGGGGUUGUCGUCAGAAUAAAGGAAUUGAAAUUUUCAAAGAAAAAAGACACCCCGAGAGACGUGAUGAAAGAGAUGCGGGUGCUCAGGGAAAUCAGACACGGAAAUCUCAACUCUUUUAUAGGAGCCUGCGUAGAACCAAUGCGAAUACUACUGAUCACCGAUUACUGUGCCAAAGGAAGUCUCUACGACAUCAUCGAAAACGAAGACAUUAAGUUAGACGAUAUGUUCAUUGCGUCACUUGUUCAUGAUCUCAUCAAGGGCAUGCUGUACAUUCACGAGUCAUCCGUACUAGUCUGCCACGGUAAUUUGAAGUCUUCAAACUGCGUUGUCACAUCGCGAUGGGUGCUUCAAGUAUCGGACUUUGGUUUGCACGAUAUGAGACACUGUGCUGAAUCCGACAGCAUCGGAGAACAUCAGUAUUAUCGAAGUUUAUUCUGGAAAGCACCGGAGUUAUUGAGGAAUCCCAACGCGCCGAUCAGAGGCACCCAGGAAGGGGACAUUUAUUCGUUCGCUAUCAUUCUAUUCGAAAUAAUUGGACGCAAAGGACCGUUCGGAGGAGUGCACCUAGAACCCAAAGACAUAAUAGACCGAGUUAAGAGGUACCCGGGAGAUGACGAGCCACCGUUUAGACCAAACAUCGAUAUAUUAUCGGAUUCGGAAGCUGACUGUGCCGACUAUAUCGUCAGCACUAUAACUGACUGCUGGGCUGAAAGCCCCGAACUUAGACCUGACUUUAAAAUGAUAAGGACGCGUUUGAAGAAGAUGAAAGCCGGUAGACACAGAAAUAUAAUGGAUCAGAUGAUGGACAUGAUGGAGAAAUAUGCUAACAACCUCGAAGAUCUAGUCAGUGAGCGUACGCGCCUUCUCUUCGAGGAGAAACAGAAAACCGAAGAUCUGCUCCACAGAAUGUUACCCGAACCUGUUGCCAAUUGCCUUACAAAUGGCAUUGGAGUUGAGCCAGAAGCCUUUGAUUUAGUCACAAUAUAUUUCAGUGACAUUGUAGGAUUUACUGCAAUGUCAGCUGAAAGCACACCGUUUCAGGUUGUUAAUUUUUUGAAUGAUCUUUACACUUUGUUUGAUCGUAUAAUCAAGGGAUAUGACGUGUACAAAGUUGAAACGAUCGGGGACGCCUACAUGGUGGUUUCCGGAUUACCUCUUAAAAACGGAAAUAGACACGCUGGGGAAAUAGCAUCGAUGUCCCUCGACUUAUUGAACGCUGUUAAGAAUCACACGAUUGCUCAUAGGCCGAACGAAACGCUAAAACUCCGGAUUGGAAUUCACACAGGCCCCGUAGUCGCCGGUGUCGUUGGUCUAACGAUGCCGCGUUAUUGUUUGUUCGGAGAUACGGUUAAUACGGCAUCUCGUAUGGAAUCGAACGGCGAACCUCUCCGGAUUCACAUAAGCGCGCAAUGCAAAGAAGCUCUGGACAAAGUCGGGGGAUACAUCGUCGAAGAUCGCGGUUUGGUACAUAUGAAGGGGAAAGGAGAGGUAAAAACGUAUUGGCUAACAGGGGCGACGGAAAAAGCGAUACAAAAGCGCGAGGUGGAUCUCGGUGAGCUUCCACCCUUAUUCUGCCGACCAAGAAGAAGCCCCAAAUUGAAUCCCGACUCUAGACAAGCUUCGCUGUUGGCUGGCCUCGGAGGAGGAAGCCGGAGACAGUCGAGCGUUCCGAGACCAGGAAACGCUGAUGAUUCUUCUUCGCAAUGCGGAGGAUCGAGCCCCGUGCCUAGAUCCGUAACGAGAAAGCUCGAGCGUGCUCCACUUUACCUUGUGGACAGUGUGUCGAAAACAACAUUGGACAAUUACGGAAUGCUAGCGGACGAGACGGAGAAGAGAGCAGCGAACGUUAAACUAGCGUUGGACGAUAUGUUCGUUGACGCAAAGCCAAAGUUUAGAAAAAAUGCGAGAGUUCUUUCCACGAUAGCAUCUUCGUCAACGAGUGACUAUCCAUCCCCAUCGAAUUUAAUCCGAGAAUCUCGAUCACUGGAUCCAUUCCCAACAGAACUUCAGGCUAACAUCAGAAAGCUCGAAUCUCCGCGUCUCGGUAUACGGGAAAGAAAGAACAAGAGUUUCAGGUCAUUGGAGAAUUGUGAUAAGUGUAGCACAACCGGGGAUAGUAAAUCUGGCUCAAGGACAAAGGACGUCACUGGUAAAGUGUUAAAUAACAAUUACCCAAAUGGGAAUGUGAUAAUAGUGCCUGGGGCAGCAGACAAUAAUGUAACUAGUGCAGAUGUAGACACCCCAUUACUAACUGGAGACGGAAGUUGCGUAGGUGAAAUGGUGCCGGUUAAACGAUGGCGUUCGCUAGAUCAAGUUGUGUCUACCCUUAGUACAACCGGAGACGUUCCGGAUAAAAAAUCAUCGGCACGAAACUCUAUAAGGAGUUGGCUCGUAAAUCUAUUUAACGGUAACGGACUUCGAAAUAGCGACGUAUCUUUGAGAAGGGGUGUCAUAACAGGGUACGAGAUACAGUCCGAAAGAGAAAGUAUAGUUUGAUGACGGAAAAAAAAAAAUCGGUAAUGUUCAUAGUGCGAAUAACAAUUAUGAUAGAUAUAAAAUUUACAAUAAUAACAUUAAUAAUAGUAGUCAAUUAUCAAUCAAUCCAUCCAUCCAUUUCUCGAUCAAUCAAUAAAUCGAUGAUAUGCAAUGCAGAUUGACGUAAUAUGCAAACGUCGGAUUAGAUUUGUUUUAAAAAUACCCGUCAUUUUAAACCUGAUGACGACGACGACGACGAUGAUGACGAUGAUGAUGAUGAUUGUUGCCAUUUUUAGACUAGGUAUGUGCAAUUUAUGUAUAUGAAAGUUACCGACAGUGUAUAUUUUUCAUAUUUAGAUAUUUUAUAAUAAUUUGUAUCAGAACAGAAUAAAUAAAAUCAAUUGUGAGCGUUAAAUGAUAUGAUAAUAAUGUUAAAUGACGAUACAACGAAAACAACGAUAAUGAAAUAAUCCACAGUGAAGGACUGUUACUACGUUUAUAAAAAAAAAGGAAACAAAUUACAAAAAAAAAAAGAAAAUAAAGCAUUAUAGUUUUAUUAAAUUUAAGUAUAUAUAACAAACAGAUAAACUAUUUUAUAACAAUCAUUCUAACCAAAGUGUAAAAAAAACGUUUGAAAAUAACGAAUAUGAAAUACGAUCUUCCUAAUAAAAUCGCUGUUUGUAUCAGCACAAGUGAACGGACGAGACCCGAAUGGAUACAAAGAAAAAUAUACAUAUAGUAAAAUAAAAUCAAAUCAAAUUGAAUAAAAUAAGCUGAAGUUGGAAAAAAAUAUGAAAUAAAAAUAAAUUUUAAAUAUGAUAAGAUCGGAUAAAAUAAAUUAAGUUAAAGCACCGUUGUCGAUGCUUGUAGUCUCAAAGUGCUGUAUUACAUACAUAUGUAUAUACAUAAUAUACUUUACUUGUUCACUGAAGGGAAGCAAAUUAUCUGUAUGGCUGUGAAAAGUGAACUAGAUCGUACCUAAGGUGCUUAGUAAUAUAUCACGUUGUCAAAUGUAUAUAAGUGAAUAAUAAUAUAUCUAUGUAAAAUAUGGUAUCUAAAUUAAAGAGAAAAAAAAAAAAAAA